AUGCGGGAAAACUUCCCCAGACAGCAAUGCUCCCAUAUAGGCGACUGCACUGACGAAUUCCUGGGCGGCCCUGUCGCCGCCCUUCGCGGCCCCGUCGCCGCCCCUAUCGGCCCCGUCGCCGCCCUUCGCGGCCCCGUCGUCGCCCCUAGCGGCCCCGUCGCCGCCCUUCGCGGCCCCGUCGCCGCCCCUCUCGGCCCCGUUGCCGCCCUUCGCAGCCCCGUCGCCGCCCCUAGCGGCCCCGUCACCGCCCUUCACGGCCCCGCGCGGCCUCUUCUCGGCCCCGUCGCCGCCCUUUGUGGCCCCGUCGCCACCCUUCCCGGCCCCUCCUCGGCUCCUCCGCCGCCAGCAGCAGCCGCCGCCAGCAGCAGCCGCCGCCGCCGCCAGCAGCAGCCGACAACAGCGGCGGCCACCACCAGCAGCAACCUUCGCCGCCGACAGCAGCGACUGCCGCCGCCACUAACAGCAGGAUCUGCCGCCGCGGUCGCGGCUCUGUCCCUGCCGACGCGCCUCGGCCCUGCCCCAUCGCUUGCCAGCCCCUACCUACCAGCCCUGCCGAUGCUGACAGCACUGUUCGCUCACAGUGGGCCACACGCGAUGCUGCGGCGCAAGCACUUUAGUCAGUACAAGAGUGCUAAGACCUUGUACGAUGCUAUAGUUGCACGCUACUCUUCCCCUGCCACUGCUGCCCUCAGCCGCCUCAUGCUGCCGUACCUGUUUCCUGACCUCGCUGCCUUUCCUACUGUCGCUGACCUCGUUACGCACCUUCGCACUAGUGACACCCGCUACCGCGCUGCACUUCCUGCUGAGUUUUGCGCCAAGAACCCUCCCCCCAUGUACAUCACCCUCUACUACAUAGUCACCCGGCUCCCUAACUCUCUUUGCUCGGUCAAGGACCACUUCCUCUCAGUUUGCCCCACCACACUCACCGUUGACCUCCUCGAGGAGCACCUCCUGGCAGCUGAGAAGAGUAUAGUCGCUGUAGGAGCCUCUCGAGGUGACCCUCGUGCCCCCGUCUUUGAGGGGUGUUCCCCCUCCCCCCUUUUGCCCUCUAUUGUCUCUGAUGCUGCCGUCGACUUCGUUGGCACCGAGUCGGUCGACGCUGCGUCUGCCCCUAGCGGGCGACGCCGCACCGGCAAGGGCAAGGGGGGCAAGGGCGCUGGAGGGGCUUGCCGGGGCGGAGGAGGUGGCGGUGGAGGAGGCGGAGGGAGUGGGGGUGGUGGUGGGAGUGGUGGUGGGGGUGGGGGCUUCGGUGGCGGCGGUGGCAGCGGAGGCUGCGGCGGCGGUGGCGGUGGGAGCGGAGGAGGAGGCGGUGGCAGCGGUGGCGGAGGUGGCGGCGGAGGAGGUGGCGCUAGUCGGGGUGGCUGUGCGCAGCGGGGCGGCUUCGGUGAUGGUCAGCGCCAGCAGGAGCAGCAACGCACUCGUGAGACCCCGCCCCCGCAGCAGCUUCGUGAGUGGUACGCUUCGCGUCAGCGGGGUGGGGGUACUGGUCCCUGUACCUACGUCCUGCGUACCGGCGACCGUACGGGUGAGCAGUGCGGGGGCCCGCACCCCACCCAGCGCUGCUUCGGCCGCCUGACGGACGCUUGGCGUCUCUAG